ACAGCUCUCUUUUUAACUAGUCUCAAUAGCCAUGGUAAAAGUUUCAAAAUUUUCGGUGGCAAAGGCAACAAAGGAAUUUCGCUUGGUUAUUGGACUCGUCAGGCCCAGUGACAAUUUUAAUACCAAUAAACUAUAAAAUUGUUGUGCAGGAGGAAGCUGACCCUAUGAAGCCACAUCUGGAUCGACUGCUGAGCAAACCGAAGCCAAGAGCUGCAGUACCAACGAAAAUACGACGCAUACGUCGACUCUUCGUUAAUAUUGAGGCGAAUGGCUGUCCGAAGUAUAGUUGCUCUACGAUUAGGCCUAGGGUUUUGGUCAAGCCCUCCUACGAUCCGUGGGCUGUAGCGAAGUGCCAGCAAAUGGAAACGAAUUCAGCUGUCUAUGCAUAUGCCUUAAAUAGUCUUUGUACCGGCACCGACUCUCAUUGGAAUGAGUGUGGACUAGCGCGUCCGUCGGCUGGAGCGAGCGAGCCAGAGAACAUGAAUGAGCUAAGACUAUUGCUGGACAAUUUGAAUGAGCUACAGAAUGGACAGCAAGGCAAUUCGUUUUACCAGCCAAGGGAGAACCUGGCUAGUCAGUCAUGCCUCACAGCCGACCAAGCACAGCCCACAUAUUCGAUGGGUAGCUUACCGAAUUACUCCCAGCAGUUCAGCGAACGCAAUAUGAACUGCGAGGCGGAUAUUCGUAAGGCGGAGCUGAAUACCCUCACCGAUAUGUUGCAACAGACCAUGGCCAAGCUGGACAGCCUCGUGAGUCUGCAAACUGAGAAGCAAGCGCAAGUACCACCUCAGCUUGAUAUGAGCUAUAUGCCACAGUUAGGCAAGCUAUUGGACAACGGAUCGCCUUUAAGUCUGCUGAGUAAGGCCCCUAAGUCAACCCGGGCCAAGCGCUUGGUUAAGGUUAUGCCCGUACAGCCCUUGGUCAUUAUGCCGGCAGCCGUAGCUAAUCAAGCUACAGCUACACCGACUGUAGCACCAGCUGCGCCUGUAACUCCUGUUGCUCCCGCCAAGGUACCGUACACCAAAUAUCGCACACGCCUGCGCAAAAAGCGUUACAAGGCCGCUGGCACCAACACUUCAGCCGAUAGUUCGGCUAACUUGAUGAGUAGCUCACAAAUAGCUGAGUCUGCUUCCCAGGUGAAAGACUCUGGCACCACCAUGUGGUGUCCCAGAUCAUGCUGCAAACAUUGCUGUGGCAUUGUAACGGACAGCGCGACGAGCAUGUCCGAGUCGACCCUCAAGACACAACAAUCGGAAGCUAAGGAUAUGUCAAUGACUCCACUCUCCAGCCCUAUACAGUUGACAAUGCCACAGGGCAGUUUUCUGGGAGUAUCGCCCCAGCUAAGUCUAUUGCACGCUGGCAAUCACACCGAGGGAUACCAACAGAGCAGUUCUAUGCAUCCUGGGAGACAUAACGAACAGAACAGAUACUCUAACGAGCUCCCACUCUCUACACUAUUAAGGGAUGGCAAUUAUACCGCGGGUAAAUAUACCGGUGGAUCCCCGCAGACUAUUUUUAUAGCUCCUGGUAGCUACGAAUUGCCGCCACCAAAAAGCAUGUUGAAAAAUCAAGGAAGCUACUAUGAACCGUCUUCCGGUCAUGGGUAUGGAGCCCACCACCAGCAGAUGCCAGUCGCAACGGAGAUGUCAGAUCAAUAUCCAACAAGUCACGACAUGGACUAUGAGUAUACUUACAACAGUCAAGCUCCUGAAAAGGAACGGUCGCGUGCUGGAAAGCUCAGCUACUCCUACACGGAAGAGGAGGAAGAGGAGCAGCUCAGAGCAGGCUCAGAUUCAGACGCCGAGCAGAGCUGCGGGGACGAGUGGUACCAUAAGGUAUGCCAUAGUCUAGCCGAGCUGGAAGAGGAGCAGAGUUAUUUUUCCAAUAUGAAUACUCCUCAAUGCACCUGCGACAAGGGGCAGCAAACCGACUGCUUAAGCACGCACCAAAACACAGAUAAGUGCAUUUGCACCAACGACCUGGAGGCAGCGGUAAAUCCGCGCAAGAUUGUGCCGAGGUGCAGGCCAUCGAGUCUGAAGUGUAGAAGGCGUAAGCCCCUAGCUAGGCCACAGAGUCAGGUGAAGUCUGUCAGUCUUCCAAAGACACAAACCAAAAUACAGACUCAAAGCAAUCCCUUUCCGCUGGAGAUGGGUCAAUCGCUGCCCAAAUAUCGAGUGCUCAAGUCCAUGAGCGAGGCUCUUCCAGUUGCUGCUCAGAAACAUAAAAAGAGACGCGUUUACACGUGCAAGCAGCUCGCCAGAUAUCAGAAGCUGUUGGCGUUGGUAGAGAGCACUGAGGAGGCGUACGCAAGGAUCUACAGGGAGCUCAAAGGUAAUCCCAUGAACAGAAGCAUACCUUUCCAUCGAAAGCGAGCAACUGGCGCCACUACUUAUCCCACCAACUGGCCACAGUUAGGAAAUUCAGUCAAGCAGCAUGCUCUGCUCGAAUAGAGUUUCAGUUCCUAUCAUAAAU